ACAAUUAGAAAGGUCCUCGUCUUCCUCUUGUCAUCGGUCUUCACUUCCAUCGGUCACUGUUCUCGAAAUGCUUCGUUUCUCGAUUCGACGAGCUAUUGGAUCGCGGCCAUGGAACACUCCUCCGGCUGGACUCGCGAUUUCCCGUUUCUCAACCGCUACUGAAGCGUCUCCAAUCCCUACAUCUUCUCCGCGGAGAGUUAAGAACCUAAUCGGAGGUGAGUUCGUGGAAUCGCAAUCAGAGGCGUCUAUUGAUGUUAUAAAUCCUGCUACACAAGAGGUUGUGUCUCGGGUUCCAUUGACGACUAGUGAUGAAUUCAAAGCUGCAGUGAGUGCGGCAAAGAAGGCGUUUCCUCAAUGGAGGAACACUCCUGUCACUUCGCGCCAGCGGAUCAUGCUCAAGUUCCAAGAGCUGAUCCGGAGGGACAUGGACAAGCUUGCUAUGAAUAUUACCGCUGAGCAAGGGAAGACACUCAAGGAUGCACAGGGGGAUGUUUUCCGUGGCCUUGAGGUGGUGGAGCAUGCUUGUGGAAUGGCAAGUCUGCAGAUGGGAGAGUAUGUUGCUAAUGUUUCCCAUGGUAUUGAUACAUAUAGCAUCAGGGAGCCUCUUGGAGUGUGUGCUGGAAUAUGUCCCUUCAAUUUCCCCGCAAUGAUUCCUCUUUGGAUGUUUCCUAUUGGUGUUACAUGUGGCAACACCUAUAUUUUGAAGCCAUCAGAGAAAGAUCCAGGGGCUGCUAUGAUGCUUGCGGAGUUAGCAAUGGAAGCUGGUUUACCGGAUGGGGUCUUAAACAUUGUCCAUGGUACAUAUGAGACAGUAAAUAGCAUUUGUGAUGAUGACAAUAUCAAAGCUAUAUCAUUUGUUGGUUCAAACACUGCUGGGAUGCAUAUAUAUGCUAGAGCAGCAGCCAAGGGGAAACGAGUUCAGUCAAAUAUGGGUGCAAAGAAUCAUGCGAUUAUCAUGCCUGAUGCUAGUGCAGAUGCUACACUGAAUGCACUGGUUGCUGCUGGUUUUGGUGCUGCAGGUCAAAGAUGCAUGGCACUCAGCACAGCUGUUUUCGUUGGGGGCUCAAAAUCAUGGGAAGAGGAAAUUAUCAAGCGUGCUACUGCUUUGAAAGUAAAUGCAGGAGUUGAACCCGGUACAGACCUUGGUCCAGUGAUUAGCAGACAGGCAAAGGAACGCAUUUGUAGUCUGAUCCAAGGUGGCAUUGAUAGUGGUGCUAGGGUUGUGCUUGAUGGGAGGAAAAGUUGUGUUCACGUUUCGGGUUAUGAAAAUGGCAACUUUAUUGGACCCACAAUUCUUGCUGAUGUUACAAAUGACAUGGAAUGUUACAAGGAGGAGAUCUUUGGUCCGGUUCUGCUCUUCAUGCAGGCUGACAGUCUAGACAAGGCCAUCAACAUUGUAAACAGUAACAAGUAUGGCAAUGGAGCAUCUAUAUUCACUACGUCAGGUGUAGCUGCAAGGAAAUUUCAGAAUGAGAUAGAGGCAGGCCAGGUCGGAAUUAAUGUGCCGAUUCCAGUCCCACUGCCAUUCUUUUCAUUCACUGGAUCAAAGGCGUCUUUCGCAGGCGAUCUUAAUUUUUAUGGCAAAGCGGGUGUACAAUUCUACACUCAGAUCAAAACUGUGACACAACAAUGGAAGGAUUUAGCCGGCCAGAGUGCGUCAUUGGCCAUGCCAACAUCACAGAAAGUAUAGUCUGGUUCAAGGAAAACAAUAAAAACAGUGUGUAUCAGCAGUCUGGGAAGAACAAUAAUCUUAAUUUUCUUAGUGAAAGAGACCUGCUGCUUCUUUUAUUUCAAUUGGUUUUUCUGAUUUGUUUUUCAGUGUUUUUCCAGUUGGUCCUCAGUUGUUACUUUAUUUGUUUCAGUGGCCAAUGACUUUUUGGGCUCUUGGCACCAA